AUGUUUCCUGGGCUCCAUGGCUUUGUAGAACUCCUGGUUACAACAGUAGAUAAUACAGAUCCAAAUGAUGCCAAGAGAGAUUGUCCAUGCAACCUACAUAUGUGGACUGCCGAGUGGGGCAAUUACUCCAUGUAUUCAGACUUUGUCCUCCUGGGGUUGUUCAGCAGCACCAGGGUCCCCUGGCUCAUCUUUGUGCUCAUCUUGCUGGUCUUCCUGAUCUCCACAGCCAGCAACACUGCCCUGAUCGUGCUCAUCCGCUUGGACCCCCGGCUGCACAUGCCCAUGUACUUCCUGCUCAGCCAGCUCUCCCUCAUGGGCAUCCUGUACAUCUCCAUCUUCAUGCCCAAGAUGCUGCUGGACGAAGCGAUGGGCCAGCGGGCCAUCUCCUUCACAGGCUGCACAGCCAAGCACUUCCUCUACUUGACCAUGGCAGGGGCCGAGUUCUUCCUGCUGGGCCUCAUGGCUUAUGACCGCUAUGUGGCUGUGUGCAGCCCGCUGCGCUACCCAGUGCUAAUGAGCCGCAGGGUCUGCCUGCUGAUCGUGGAGGCGGCCUGGAUGGGCAGCUCUGUGGACGGCUUCCUGCUGACCCCAGUCAUCAUGCAGUUCCCCUUCUGUGAACCCUGGGAGAGCAACCACUUCUUCUGUGAGGUCCCCGUGCUCCUGAAGCUGUCCUGCAGUGACACCUCGGACUACAGGAGAGCCAUGUAUGUGUGCUGCAUCUUCAUGCUGCUCAUCCCCUUCUCUGUCAUCUCGGCCUCCUAUGCCUGCAUCCUGCUGGCUGUGUGCAGCAUGCGAGAGGCCGAGGGCCAGCAGAAGGCAGUGGCCACCUGUUCCUCACACAUGGUGGUUGUCACCCUCUUCUACCGGGCCGACGUGCUCCCCCACUCCUACCACACUCCUGAGCAGGACAAGGCCAUGUCUGCCUUCUACACUAUCCUCACACCCAUGCUCAACCCAUUCAUCCACAGCCUGAGGAACAGAGACAUGGCAGGGGCCCUGAGGAAGGCGCUGGACAGGUGCCUGUCCUCAGGGAAGGUGACUACUUUCUGA